AUGCCUCUACUGCAGGAUAAUGUGGAAAGAGCUGCCAGUAUACUCCAAAAGCGGUACAAGGAAGGGAAAUGCACGGAUAUUCAAAAUCUAUACCGAUGCAUCACGGUUGAUGUGAUUUCUAUGUCUUUAUUUGGGAGUACUGAAGAUCUUAUCGGCCAGCAUGAGAAUGAUAUCUACCCAUCUAUCUUGGCCACUCUUGACAUCUUCUCCAAGAACUUAUGGCUCCUGAAGCAUAUCCCAAUCCUCGCAAAAAUUGCCCUCAACUUACCUGAGAAGUACUCCGAGAUACUAGCUCCAGGCUACCAAGGGUUCCGAAACCACUGUCAGAAUUGGAUUAAUAUGGUCAAGGCCCGCCGUGAAAAGGGUAUACUUCAAACAGAGGAUGGUAGAAUUACUGUCUUUGAUUUGCUUCUUGAGCCAAAUGAUGAAAAGAGCUACCAGGUACCCGAUAUGACUGGCCUGGUAGACGAGGCAUUCUUGUUUGUCAUCGCUGGCGCUGAUUCCACCGCUUACACCACGGCCUGCGCGACCUAUUACAUCCUGACUCACGAAGACAUCUUGUCAAAACUCAAGACCGAGCUCAGCGGGAUUCCUCGCCAUGACAACGGCCGUCUGGAUUGCAAGAAUAUUCAAUCGCUCCCAUACUUGACCUGCGUUGUUAAAGAAAGCCUACGCGUGGCUUCCGCCAUCCCAGGGUUAUUGCCCAGGGUUGUCCCUCCGCAGGGAGUUACAGUCCAGGGAAAGUAUAUUCCGGGAGGUUCUAUCGUCUCUAGCGCUAUACGCACCGUCAGUGAUAAUGCUGAGCUGUUUCCUGAGCCACAGAAAUUCAAGCCUGAGCGAUGGCUGGGCGACGAGGGCAGAGAACUUGAACGCUGGAAUGUUGCGUUUUCCAAAGGUCCGCGUGCAUGUAUCGGGAUUAAUCUUGCUUACAUGGAGAUAUACAUCAUCUUGGCGACUUUCUUCGCGGAUUUUGACAUGUCGCUUCAUGGGACUGAUGCGAAGAGUAUGGAGUGGCGAGAUUACGGAGUAGCGAAGAAUAAGUCCAACGUCACGGUCAAUGCCAGACCGUUAUGGUUGUAG